AUGGAUUUGAAUUGCAAUGGCCACUAUUUCCAUACUAGAGGCACCAAGGAAGAACCCUGGAGAUUCUUUGGGCUUCCUCUAGCUGCUGUCAUGUGCAAGCACACUCAACUAGGAGGGACAAGCGAGACCUACGAGGAAAAUAAGCAAUACCUGCUGGUUCACCCGCUUUCCUCUGACGAAGAAGACGGCGGCAGCGACGACGAUAACGGCACCGGACAACAAUCAUUCAAUAUCCCCGCCGCAAAAUUCAACAUGGUGGAUGUGCCGCCACCGCCUCGUCGGCUUGAAAAGGGAAGCUUUAAGAUGCCAGGCUUCGUGCACACCAUCCCAAUUUCGGAUUCUUAA